CCUAGUUCAGUAUACAUUCAUAUAUCUUAACAAAAUGUUACUGUGUAGUGAAUCGUUCUUUUUAUUUAUGUUUACUAAUGCCGUAAUAAUUUUGGCGCAAGAAUUUCGUUUGGACUCUUAUAUAGUGGACAGACCGUUACCGUACUUAUCAAAACACUCAUUUAUUAACAGAUCUGAACAAAAUAUAACAAUAAAAAACUGUUCAUUAGAAACAAUAGCACCAGAAGCAUUUAAAAAUGUAAAAGCAGCCAAAAUAUAUAUAAUAGAGAAUCCAUUAAGAAUACUAAGAAGAAGAAUGUUCAAUCUUGUAAUGGUCGAUGAACUUUAUUGUGAUAGAAACCAAAUUUCUGAAAUAGAACCGGGUACAUUUCAUUAUGUUCAUCCUAUAUACGAGGAUGCCCUACAGAUUCUUUCGUUAAGCAAUAAUAAACUGCAUACGAUCAAGAGGGGAGUUUUUAGUGGUACCAAUUUUAGAAAAAUUUUGCUGAAUUCCAACAAAAUAGACUACAUAGAAUUUGGAUCAUUUGAAAAUAUGCCUUAUUUGUUAGCUCUACAUCUCGGUGACAAUAUGUUGCAAAGAAUAGAUAUUGGAAUUUUUAAUGGUUUUCCAAAUCCGAUGUUAUUGAGACUGUCAGGCAAUAAGAUUAAUUUUAUUCACAGAAGAGCUUUUGAAAAUUCGACUUUUUUGAGUUUAGAUUUACAAGAUAAUGAUCUGGGGAAUGUUGAAAAAGAAUAUUUUAUAAAUGCUUUGAUUGGAUGGUAUUUUAUUUAAGUAACAAUAUGACUUAAACGGAAA